AUGUCGGUCUCUGGCUGCAAGAUGGCGGCAGCAGCGGAGCCGGGCACCGAGGUGUCCGGGGCUCCGCGGGAGCCGGUGCUGGGGGCGCAGCCGGAGCGCGGCGGGAGGGCAGCGCCCCUCUGCCCGCUUGAGAUCGCCAUGCGGCUGGAGAGCGCCCGCCGGGAGCUGAGCAACAGGCGCAAGAUGCUGCUGAGAAACCUGCCCGAGGAGAGCAGCAGCCAGGAAAUCCAUGAACUAUUCAAAGAUUAUGAAUUAAAGUACUGUUAUGUGGACAGAAAUAGAAGAACAGCGUUUGUUACUCUGCAGAAUGGAGAGCAGGCUCAAAAUGCAAUUCGGAUGUUUCACCAGUAUUCUCUUCGUGGAAAAGAAAUAUCAGUGCAGUUCCAACCAACAGAUGCUUUGCUAUGCAUUACCAAUUUGCCCACCUCAUUUUCAUUACAAGAGUUUGAGGAACUAGUGUGUGCAUAUGGCAAUGUUGAGAGAUGUUUUUUGGUCUAUAAUGAAGUUACUGGCCAUUCCAAGGGCUACGGGUUUGUGGAAUACAUGAAAAAGGAUUCUGCUGCAAAGGCUAGAAUGGAACUCCUGGGGAAGCAAUUAGGUGAAAACAUCCUCUUUGCACAGUGGAUGGAUGUUAAUCAGUUGACUACCGAUCUUGUUCAUUCUAAGUGCCUUUGUGUAGAUAAACUCCCCAAUGACUACACUGAUUCAGAGGAACUGAUGCAAAUGUUCUCAUUUAAGUAUAAACCUGUGUUCUGCCAGUUUGCUGAGGAUGAAGGCAGUUAUAUUGGUGGCUUCGCAGUGAUUGAGUAUGAGACUGCAGAGCAGGCUGAGGAAGUGCAAGAAGUCACAGAUGGUAUGACUAUCAGAGGAAAGAGAGUCCAGGUAUCAUACUGUGCUCCUGGCGCACCAGGACGAAGCACAUUAGCUGCAUUUAUAGCAGCACAACGUAUGAUGAGAAACAAUAGAAAGGGAUUGCUUCCAGAACCAAAUCCAGUGCAGAUUAUGAAGAGUUUAAAUAACCCAGCCAUGUUACAAAUGUUACUGCAGCCCCAGUUGUGUAGACGUGCUCGUAAACGUGCAGUUCUUGGAGUAUCUGCUGGUUUACCUCAUCUUAUAAAUACAGCAGCCAGUCCAGGAUUUUUCCAUUUGAAUAAAGUACACCAGAAUUCUGUUCUGGGGAAUACAUCUAAUUUACUGCUACAGAACCUCUCACACCUACAACUGGCACAGAAGCAACUAAUUACAAUUGAGAAUAUUCAAACUAACAAUAAACCUGGCUUGCUUGGAGAGCCUCCACCAAUGUUACUUCAGACGGUAUUGGGAACAAGGCCAAUACCAUCAGUGAGUGCAGAUCCGGGAAACAAUGGAGAAGCGCAUACAUGUGUUUCCCCUGAAGUGUUCUGUGUGCACACCAUGGCUUCUCAGCAGCUAGCCAAUAGAAGCAGAAGGUUAACCAAACAUCUUCCCUAUUCCCGGAUGAUGAAAAAAUUGAGCAGGGAUUAUCCAUUGGGAUCAGAUGGGCAAGUUCUACACAAUCAGUUUCAUAGAAUUGUAGCAUCUAAUGUGACUCCAAAUCAAACAACAGCAGCAACAGGGAUGGGCAUCUUGCCAUUCUUUCCAAAUCAGCCCGUUGUUGGACAAGCUAUGCCAGGGCAAAAUAAUACUCAGGAUAAACAAUCAACUACAGUGGAACUGUCAGAAGGAGCUGGCUCAGGGUCGCAGGCUUAUCUUCAGAGCUUAACAAAUUUUACUGCUGGAGGCUUGCGCACAGAACAUCCCCAACAGCAGAGUCAGCCAAAAAGCACUGAUACAAGUUCAGGGAUUCCCUCAAAAAAACAGACUUCACUCCUGGGGGAACCACCCAAAGAAAUCCGUCUUAGUACCAAUCCCUACUUGAAUUUGGCAAGCGUGUUGCGUGGUGUAUGUCUUUCGGCAGUUGCCAGCAAAGCAACUAGUACACAGCAGCACACUGGACUUUCAAGCAACAUAGUGGAUGCUGCAGUCUCUCAGGGAACUACAUCACAACAUACAAUGGAAAACUACUUUAAUUAUUCUCAACAGUAUGGGGAUUAUACACAGGAGGCUGUGCAGCAGUGGUAUCAGCAUUAUGCGCAGGCAUACAAUGCUACUCAAGCAAGAGUAGGUGAAUUUGAAAAUGAAGCUUCUGAGGAACCUGCUAUAUCUUAUGGAGACUACAAUACUUAUUUGCAGGUUAUGCCUUCAUGUUACACUGGAGCCCAGGGAUCAUACCAGCCAGGCAGCUUUCAGCUUACUCCACAGAAUCCAUUACAUAAGGUGGCACCAGUAAGAAGUGAAAAGCGAAGCUCCUCACACCUCAUUUCUUCCCCAGAAGCUGGCCCAAUUGAAUAUAUUGGUCAGCACACUCAGGGCACAGCAUCAAAUUAUGCAGAAUCCUAUCUUAAAAAAAAGCGUGUUUAUUGAGAUCCAAUCAACCAAUCCUGCCUUAAACCCAACAGGUUAAUAAAUGCAGUGGAGUGCAGGACAGAAAAACAUCUGGCCCGAAAAAACAGCUUCCAGGAAAAUCCUCAUUGUGAUUGAGUUUAUAGGAUGCUAUAAAAAUGGUGGAAAGUA